UGCCGACCUGGUGAGCAUCCCGACUUGAUGGUGAGAAGAACUAUUAUAAAAAAAGGACCAAGACUCAAAUCUCCAACGCCAUUUGCCUCCGUCUCCAGAGCGACCAGAGCACGAAAUUGCCAUUCCUCCUCUCUGCCAGGCUGCCAGCUAACGCAAAACCAAGCCAAUCCCUCUGCUCUUUCUUUCGUCCGCAAAUUGCUAUGGUGCUCGCUGUCGCUAUUGCCACUCUGGUAGUUUCAACCGGCAUCACAUCCUCACUUUUUACUGUUUUGUACAACAAACUUGCAGAUCUCACUUUGGAGAAGAUAGGCAAGAAUGAUGACGUCGCCGACAAGCUCCAAAAGCUCGCACGAACGCUGCUGAAAAUCGAGUCUCUUGUCGACGACAUGGAGAACAAGCAAACCAACUCCAACUUCUGCGAGAUGCUCAUUGAACAUGUCAAGAGUGCCCUUUUCGACGCUGAAGAUCUGCUGGAUAAGAUCGAUUUCGGAAAGCUGGAAUUCAAAACCGCCAUAUUGAGUGUGAAGUCGGAAGGGGAGGUUGCGGUCAUUCGGAUGCUGGAAAGAGUUGAAGAUUUAGUGAAAGAGAUGGAGGGUUACCUCUUGUCGGAAAUUAACAAGAAGCGCAGUCCUCCUCAGAGUUUGGAUGUUAAUCCUCGCACUAGUUCGUUGGUUGACAAGCUGUCCGUGUUCGGCAGGGAUAACGAGAAGGAGAAGAUGGUUGAGAUGCUGCUGGCGCAGCGGACGGAGAAUGUUUCUGUGAUUCCGAUUUGGGGUAUGGGCGGGACCGGAAAAACAACACUUGCUCAACUUGUGUACAACGAUCAAGCUGUCGUUCGAAAUUUUAAGUUGAGGAUGUGGGUGUGUUUUUCUUCUCUAGACACUGACCUGGUUACCGUCACUAAAUCAAUUUAUGAGUCUGCUACCAACGAGGUUUUGGAGUUGCCAAAUUUGGAUGCCGUUCAGGUCGCACUGCAGGAGAAAAUGCGGAGGAAGAAGUUUUUGCUCGUACUCGACGGAAUGUGGAAUGAGAAUCCGGCUUUCUGGGAUGCGUUGAAAUUGCCCUUCAGAUUUGCGGCCCCAGGGAGCAACAUUGUUGUAACUACUCGAAGCAAAAUUGUUUCGUUGAUUGUAAGCACUGGUCAGCGGUAUGAUUUGCACACUUUGUCCGGUGACUCGGGUGAUGAAGCUUGUCGGGACAUAAUUAAACAGAGCUUCGGUGGGAAUCUCGAUGGACAUGGAGAUUUAUGGAAGAUAGCAAAAAAGUGUAAAGGCCUCCCGCUGGCAGCCAAAGUGAUCGGACGUGUCUUGCGAUUCAAGUUAGGAACGAAGGAGUGGGAUCACAUUCUAAAUUAUGAGCUUUGGGACUUUCCAGAAGAUUACAAGAGCCAAAUCUACCCUGUACUUAAAGUGAGCUAUGAUCACUUGCCGUCGAAUUUGAAAAGAUGUUUUGGUUAUUGUUCGAUUUUCCCUCACAAGUUUCAAUUUGAAGAGGAUGAUUUAAUCCAACUAUGGGCAGCAGAAGGCUUCAUCCAACCCCAAAGAACAAGAAGUGUCCAAGGCAUUGGAAGAGAGUACAUUGAUUUCUUGCUCUCGAGGUCUCUUUUCCAAGUUUCACCAAACGAUGCAGACCGCCAAACAGAGGCAGAGCCACAUGGAGGACAGGUCCCUCCUGAGAGUGAUUUAUGGCCCCGCCACUGCCGCCGAAAAUAUGAAAUCCAUGGCUUCAUUCAUGAUAUGGCGAGACUGGUUUCGGCCAACUUAUGCUUUCGUCUGGAGGAUAGCAUGUCAACCUUCUUGCCCUCUAAAAAUGUACGUCACUCGUCUCUGCUUCGUAAAAACAUUGAAGAAUCCACACUAAAAGAGUUUCACAGGUACGAGAAGUUGAGGACAUUUAUAUUGCAUCCUGAACAUGCAACUAGUCUUAGUAAAGUUCCUGAGGGUUUUUUUAAAAAGUUGCCAUGCUUAAGAGUGUUGAAUUUGAGUCGUAGUCAAAUCACUGAAUUGACCGAAUCCAUUGAAACAUUGAUGCACCUUCGAUACCUCAACCUUAAUAAUACCCCUAUCAAAAAGUUGCCAAAGACGUUAACAAAUAUACAUGGGUUAGAAGUACUCAAGCUCGAGAACUGUUCUGAGCUCCUUGACUUGCCUAAGAACUUAAAGAACUUGAGUAAGUUGCGACGUCUUGACUUUGAUAGAUCGGAACAAAUCAAUUCCUUGCCAAAAGAAAUUGGAAAAUUAACUCUUCUUGAAAUUCUGCCUGUAUUUAAAGUGGGAAUAGACGGAAAUUUGGAGGCGCUUAAGAACAUGACAUGCCUUCGUGGAUCAAUUUCCAUAAAAAAUCUUGAGAAUGUGGCAGAUGUUGCAGAGGCUAAGGGUGCUAUUCUACACAACAAGCAAUAUCUUGAAAGUUUGGGAUUGCACUGGAACAAUGGAACUAGAGAUGCAACAGUUGAACAAGCAGUUCUUGAGGGCCUUAAACCUCAUGAUAGGUUGAAAAGGUUAAAAGUAGUAGGUUACUUGGGUUCAAAAUUUCCAGAUUGGAUAGGCCAAUCAUCGUUUGGCAAGCUUGAUUCUUGCCUUACUGAGCUUCGCAUUGAUUCUUGCCCAAAUUUGGACUCACUACCUGCACUUCGUCACCUAACUUCACUUGAAACUUUAGACAUCGACAGGUGCCCUCAGCUUCUAUCAAUUCCAGGCGCAGCACUACCACGCUCACUCAAACACUUGAGCAUUUCGAGCCAAUUGUGCACAAGACUUCCUUCUCUUGGUCAACUUCCAGUUCUCAAAGACCUUGUCAUUGGAAAGAUGGGUACUCUGACAAACGUGGAUCGUCAGUUUUGUCGGUUGGCAGGUUCUUUUCCAUCCUUGGAGACGCUAACAUUUUGUGACAUGCCAGAGUUGAGUAUUGGAUCAGGAAUAAAUAACCUUGACAUGCCUCGCCUUAUAGAGCUUCGCAUUGAUUCUUGCCCAAAUUUGGUCUCCCUACCUUCAGUUCAUCACCUAACUUCACUUGAAACGUUAGACAUCAACGAUUGCCCUCAGCUUCCAUCAAUUCCAGGCAAAGGACUGCCACGCUCACUCACACACUUGAGCAUCUCGGACAGUGACAGUUUAAAGAAGUGGUGCAAGGGAAGAGAUGGUGACGAUUGGAGCAAGAUCAAAUGGAUCCUUGAGAUAGUGAUUGAUGGUGAUGAAAUUCCAAUGGAUGGGCGUGGAAAUUGAAUCUUGUUGCAUCUCCAUCAACACAUGGAGCGGUUCUGAGCUUGAUAAAAAGGUGGAACACGAAGCCCUCUAGAUUGACCAAACGAGUUGAAGUUGUUCGAGCAGGAUUUCUGGAUCUGGUCAUUCGCACAGCUCCCUAGGGAAAUGGCACUUUCUUGCCUGUCGGGCAAGAUCUUGCAGUUUGGUGUAUUAC